UUCUUCUUGACGAUUGACACGUAAACGUCAUCAAACGUCAUAAUUUCCUAACCUCAAUGUUUUCCUGCACUUCUCCGGUAACCUCGUUAAUCAUGCUAAUGUGAUAUCUAAUGUUAUUUUUGCGGAUCACAGCUAAAUGCUUAUUUAGAUUUUGAUUUUGAAUUUUUAAAGUUUCAUAAAUUAAGUUAUAAUUGUCAAAAUGGCUAAUAUUGAAAGAAAGGGGACAUUUAAGGUAGAAUACCUUCAAAAAAUCGAGAAGGAUAUUCAACAACGUUGGAAAGAUCAAAAAAUUUUCGAAGUAGAUGCUCCAGCUGAUCCAAAAAAAUCCAAUGAUGAAAAAUUCUUUUGCAACUUCCCUUAUCCUUAUAUGAAUGGGCGGCUACAUCUAGGGCAUACUUUUAGUUUGUCGAAAUGUGAAUUUGCUGUGCGAUACCAAAGGCUCAAAGGCAAAAGGGUUCAAUUCCCAUUUGGAUUUCAUUGUACUGGUAUGCCAAUUAAAGCAUGUGCAGAUAAGUUAAAGAGGGAAAUGGAACUCUAUGGAAAUCCUCCAAAGUUUCCCGAGAUAGAAGAGGAAGUAAAAGUUGAGGAAAGAGAUGGUAUACCCAAAGACAAAAGUAAAUCAAAGAAGAGUAAGGCUGUAGCUAAGGCUGGUACAGCAAAAUUCCAAUGGCAAAUUAUGCAGAGCAUUGGUCUUUCUGAUGAAGAUAUUCCGAAAUUCGCUGAUGCUUUAUAUUGGUGUGAAUAUUUUCCUCCUAGAGCUGUACAAGAUCUUGACAGAUUCGGGAUACAUACUGAUUGGAGAAGAACAUUUAUUACAACUGAUGCCAAUCCCUUUUAUGAUUCAUUUGUGAGAUGGCAAUUUAUCAGACUAAAAGAGCGUAACAAAAUUAAGUUCGGAAAGAGAAAUACAAUCUUUUCAGAAAGAGAUGGACAACCUUGUAUGGACCACGAUCGUGCAUCUGGUGAAGGUGUAGGGCCCCAAGAGUACACACUUGUUAAAAUGAAGUUACUCACACCCUAUCCCAAAAAACUUAGUUCUUUCGGCAACAAGAGCAUAUUUCUGGUUGCUGCUACUUUGAGACCAGAAACAAUGUAUGGUCAGACUAAUUGUUGGGUGAGACCUGAUAUGAAGUACAUAGCAUUUGAAACUAAAAAUGGUGAAAUAUUUGUUUGUACUCAUAGAGCUGCAAGAAAUAUGGCUUAUCAAGAAUUUACAAAAGCACAAGGAAAAUUUGAGGUUCUUGUUGAACUAACAGGAGAGGAUUUAAUUGGUUGUGCUCUAAAUAGUGCUCUGACUACAUACAAAAAAAUCUAUGUCCUCCCUAUGCUUACCAUUAAAGAUGAUAAGGGUACAGGUGUUGUCACCUGUGUACCAUCGGACUCCCCUGACGAUUACGCAGCUUUGACAGAUUUAAAGAAAAAGCCUGCUUUGAGAGAGAAAUACAAUAUUUCUGAUGAAAUGGUCUUACCUUUUGAACCUAUACCUGUUGUUGAUAUACCUGGUUAUGGUAAUCUUGCUGCUGUCGUUAUUUGUGAGCAGCUCAAAAUUCAGAGUCAGAACGAUAAGGACAAACUUCUAGAGGCUAAGGAAAUACUGUACACUAAAGGUUUCUAUGAAGGAAUCAUGGCCAUUGGAGAAUUUAAAGGCAAGAAAAUUCAAGAUAUCAAAAAAAACAUCCAAAAAAACUUGGUGGACAAUAACCAAGCUGUAAUUUACUAUGAACCUGAAAAGAAGGUGAUGUCCCGUUCAGGUGAUGAAUGUGUAGUAGCCCUUUGUGACCAAUGGUUCUUAGAUUAUGGAAACCAAGAAUGGAAAAACCAAGCUCUGAAAGCACUGGAUAAUAUGAAUGUUUACUAUGAUGAAGUCAAAAGAAAUUUCAUCCGUUGUAUAAAUUGGCUGCAUGAGUAUGCUUGUUCUAGAACAUAUGGGUUGGGUACAAAAGUACCAUGGGACACCCAAUGGUUGAUCGAAUCAUUGUCUGAUUCCACUAUUUAUAUGGCUUAUUAUACCAUUGCUCAUUACCUUCAAGGAGGUACUUUUAAAGGAACCAAACAAAAUGCUCUCAAUAUCAAACCUGAACAAAUGACUCCUGAAGUAUGGGAUUAUAUAUUCUUUAAGAAUGCCAAAUAUCCUACCAAUUGCGGCAUCAAAAAAGAAUCUCUUGAUAAAAUGAAGCAUGAAUUUGAAUAUUGGAUGCCUUUUGAUUUGAGAGUAUCAGGUAAAGAUCUUGUUCAAAACCACUUAACAUUCUGCAUCUUCAAUCACUGCGCCAUCUGGGAUAAAGACGAAUCAAAAUGGCCGAGAAGCAUUUGGGCCAAUGGUCUGCUGAUGUUGAACUCCGCCAAAAUGUCGAAGUCUGAUGGUAAUUUCCUUACUUUGUCAGACGCCAUCAGUAAAUUUAGCGCUGACGGGAUGAGAUUGUGUCUUGCCGACUCUGGAGACACCAUCGAAGAUGCUAAUUUUGUUGAAAGUAAUGCCGAUGCCGGUAUUUUGAGGCUCUACACUUUCAUUGAAUGGGUAAAAGAAGUUCUUGCUAAUAAAAAUACUUACAGGACGGGACCCUUUAAUUCGUUCAGUGACUUGGUUUUCCAAAACGAAAUUAAUCUGAAAAUAAAGGAAAGUGACGAAUUCUACAGUAAGAUGUUGUUCAAGGAAGCUUUAAGAACGGGUGUAUUCGAAUUUCAAGCGGCGAGAGAUACAUACAGAGAGAUCAGUUUAGAUGGAAUGCAUAUUGAUUUGGUUAUGAGAUUUAUUGAAGUUCAGACUAAGAUUAUGGCGCCAAUUUGCCCUCAUGUAGCUGAGCAUGUUUGGGAACUUAUAGGAAAUAAAACUACUGUUAUUAACGGUCCAUGGCCAGUGGCAGGUCCCAUUGACGAAAUCAAAAUUAAAGCUUCAGAGUACUUAAUGGAAACCGCUCACUCGUUUAGGGUGCAUCUAAAAGCCUAUUUACAAGGAAUUAAAACUAAAAAUAACCCAAAUCCCCCGCCGGUUGAAAAACCAAAUAUUGUAGAGAUUUGGGUUGCUAAAACGUUCCCUCUAUGGCAAAGUACUGUGCUAACCACUUUAAAGAAACACUAUGUGGCAAAUAAAGGCAGUCUUCCGGAAAAUAAAAUCCUUUCUGCUGAAUUUGGAAAAAUGGAGGAUCUUAAAAAAUAUAUGAAAAGAGUUAUGCCUUUUGUGCAAGCCACUAGAGAAAAGAUGGAAAAAGUUGGUGUCAAAGCUCUUGCUCUAGCUCUCGAAUUUGAUGAGGCCGAAGUACUGACAAUAAAUAGCUCCUAUUUGGCCAACACCCUAGAUGUUGAAGAGAUUACUAUUAAAUUCACUGAUGACCCUACAGCCUCAGAAAAAAUGAAGGAAUGUUCACCAGGAGCUCCAUUUGUAUUGUUUUCAACCAAGCCAGGUAUAAAAUUGGAAUUUAUUAAUCCAGAAACCCAAAAUGGAUUGUUUUCAAAAAUUCUUACAAUUAGUGAUGGAGAUACUUACUCUAAAGUUGUGCAGAGGCUGGCUAAAGAUACUAAAGCAAUAAAAAAACCAGAGUCCAUUGAAAUUUGGAGAUUUGAAGAUCCUGUUCUAGGUCCUAGAAAAAUGCCAGUAUUUAAUGAACCCAAGAAAUACAAAGUGAAGGUACCAACUGAUGCGUUAUUCAAAGUUGACCAAUCUAAUGUCAAACUGUUAUUAGGUAAAGAAAUUGUAGACGUAGGAAGCCAAUUAACUUAUAUUGUUGCUUAACGAUAAGUUUAUUUUUAUUUAUUUGUUAUAUUUUAAUAAAAACGGCUUUUUACCACUCA